GUGACCACAAGGGUUGGGUUGUUUACAAACAAAUCACAAGAAACAGUUGCACUCCAUCAUCCAACAAUGCCGGCAAAUCAAAUCCUUCCCCUUGGGGAAAUAUUGACCCCAAACCAAAUGAAGACGGAAUGGUUGACGUUCCCGGAUUUAGUGCGCCAAACAGCAAUUGAAGAAGAAACAAUUUGUUUCUUGGUCAAACACGGUCUCUUGAGCAAUGAAAGCAUGUGCAGUUCAUGUAAUGCUCCCCGUGAGAUUCGGCAUUCCAAUUUGGUCCGAGAUCAUUAUUUGUGGGUAUGCCCAAGGUGCUAUUCCAAGCAAUCUCUUCGCCAUGGAAGCUUCUUCACUAAUGCAAAACUAGACCUUCAUCAAGUGCUUUACUUCACCUAUGGUUGGGCCUACGAUUUACCAUUACAUUUCUGUGCUACUCAGAGUGGAGGCAUGACUGAAAAAACAGCAACAGAUUGGGCAAAUUUCCACCGAGAUAUUUGCCAGUCUUUUGUCAAUCAAAAUCACAUGAUUGGAGGCAUGUUCAUUGACGAAAAUGGCGAUUUGCAACCCGAAGAAGUCGAAAUUGACGAGACUCUUAUGGCUAGAGCAAAAUACCAUCGUGGGAGGCAUCCUGCGCCAAUUUGGGUUGUUGGAGGCGUGACCCGGCGCACAGGAAAUUGUUUCAUGGUAGAGGUGCCCAACAGAACCCGACAGACGUUGGAAGAAGUUAUUGUGGAACACGUUCGAGGAGGAUCACGGAUUUACACGGAUGGUUGGGCAGGAUAUGCCCAUCUUAAUGAGAUCAAUGGAGGCAUGUACUCACAUGAAGUCGUUAUACAUGAGGACAAUUUUGUUGAUCCUGACGAUGAGCGGAUCAAUACUCAAAGCAUUGAGGGAAAUUAGAUGCAGUUGAAAAAAAAAAUGAAGCGGCAGGGUGGGACCUCAAGGCGUUUGCUCCCCACCUACUUACAUGAACACAUGUGGCGAAGAGCUCAUGCUCAUAGCGAUCCUUUUGGGUCCAUUUUAGUGAGCAUUGCGUUGGUUUAUCCAAUGUAACUUCAAUUUCUUAUUCAAUUUCAUCUGUUUCACUCUUGUUUUGUUUUCAUUUCCUGAUGUGUUUUUCCCUCUGUUACAAAAUGGCUAGCCUGUUAUUGGAUCGUCUUUAAAUUCUGUAUGUAUAAUAUAACUACACUGUAUGUCUUUAUUGGAGUGAACGUUUCCAUCAUGAGGUCUUUUAGAUGGAUGUCCCUGUACCUGGUCACUAUUGAUGAAGUGUAUGAAAGACGAGCGCUUCCUUAUCGUUUGGGGUAUGGCCUGUCCCGUCUGUCCAAU